UGCUGUAUGUUUCUCAUCCUGGUUCCUUGUCUUAAUAAAGGGAAGCACUGGUGUGAAUACACGGUAUCAGACAACCGAGGUCUCAAGAUGACUCUGAGUUCCACCUUAAAAUGCCAAGACACUGAGCUCCAUGUUACAGUGGACCUUACUUUGAAGAAUUCUUUGGCAUGAAAAUGAAAAUAAAACAGUAAUCAGUACAUGCUGUUUCAUUUAGUUCUGUUUGCCUUUCAUACUAGAGGAAAUUCUUGCCAUACCUCAAACCAAAAUUAAGGGGAAAAGAAAGAAGUAAGCCACAUAAAUCUGACCAAGAACACAAGCAUUUUAAUUUGAGUCCACAAAGUUUUGGAUAAUGAAAAGAAAUACAUAAUUUUAAUUCAACCCAAGUAUUUUCCAAGUAGAUUAUAUUUGCUUAAAUUGCUAUAGCAAUUCAAGGGACAGCCCUGCCUGGACACACAGUUACUGUGGAUUUUUAAGAGAUUCAGUUUAAGAAUUUAGGAAUUUCUGAUUCAUUUACAGGAUUUGCAAAUUCAUCAGCCCCUGAAAACUAAAGCAAACUCAACAGGACAAAAAAAGGAACAUGGGCUUUUCAAGUCCAGUGUGUGUCCUUUUCUUCUUUCUUGGAGUCAAAGUAUAUUGCCAGUAUGAAAGUUAUCAAUGGAAUGAAGAUUAUGACCAAGAACCAGAUGAUGUCUACCAACCAGAAUUCCAAUUUCAUCAAAAUGAAGAUUAUGGAGUUCCAUUUCAUCAGCAUACUUUAGGUUGUGCCAGUGAAUGCUUCUGUCCACCUAACUUUCCAUCAUCAAUGUACUGUGAUAAUCGCAAACUCAAGACUAUCCCAAAUAUUCCAGCAUACAUUCAGCAAGUUUAUCUUCAGUUUAAUGAAAUUGAGGUUGUGACUGCAGAUUCAUUCAUCAAUGCCACUCAUCUUAAAGAAAUCAACCUCAGCCACAACAAAAUUAAAUCUCAAAAUAUUGAUCAUGGUGUGUUUGCCAAAUUGUCAAAUCUACUACAACUCCACCUACAGCAUAACAAUUUAGAAGACUUUCCAUUUCCUCUUCCUAAGUCUUUGGAAAGGAUUCUUCUUGGUUACAAUCAGAUCUCCAGACUGCAGACAAAUGCUGUAAAUGGGCUAGUAAACUUGACCAUGCUUGAUCUUUGUUACAAUCAAAUUGAUGAUUCUACAUUACAAGAAAAAAUCCUUGCGAAAAUGGAAAAACUAAUGCAGCUUAACCUAUGUAAUAACAGAUUAGAAUCAAUGCCUCCUGGUUUGCCUUCUUCACUUAUGUAUCUGUCUUUAGAAAAUAAUUCAAUAUCUGCUAUACCAGAAAAUUACUUCAAAGAACUCCCAAAACUUCAUGCUCUAAGAAUGUCACACAAUAAACUACAAGACAUCCCUUAUUAUAUUUUUAAUCUUUCCAACCUUAUAGAGCUCAAUGUUGGACACAACAAACUGAAGCAAGCAUUCUAUAUUCCAAGAAAUUUAGAACACCUAUACCUAGAAAAUAAUGAAAUUGAAAAUAUCAAUGUCACAUUGAUGUGUCCAUCUGUUGACCCACUACAUUACCAUCAUUUAACAUACAUUCGUGUAGAUCAAAAUAAGCUAAAAGAGCCAAUAAGCUCAUACAUUUUCCUCUGCUUCCCUCAUAUACACACUAUUUAUUAUGGUGAACAAAGAAGCACUAAUGGUCAAACAAUACAACUGAAGACCCAGGUUUUCAGGAGAUUUCAAGAUGAUGGUGACAGUGAAGAUCACGAUGAUCACCAUGAAGCCCAAGAAGAAGGAACAGAAGAAAAUGUUGACCCUCACUAUUAUGGAAGUCAAGAAUGGCAAGAAACUAUAUAGGUAUACAUUUAUAACUUCACGAAAUCUUAUUAUUCAGUAUAAAUUUAACUAAAUAUGCAUAGCUCGUAGUAAUAUACCUGGAAUUCUGUACUAGUAUGAGAUCAAAUUGAAUUUAGGUUGUUGACAACAUUUGCAUCAUUACACAGGAUUAGAACUUACUCAAAAUGAUAUAAAUCUUUAGAAAUGUAAAUUAGAAUGAUAAGUAGGAAUCAAAAACUACACUUUGAAUAUUAAAUUAUCAUCAUGUUGAGAAAAAAAGCAAGUAUGACCACUUCUAUUAACAGUAAUUUUUCUAAUAAUGAUGUAAGAAGUAGUGUUAGAAGCUAAGAACUGUAAGCCAUGUGCUUUAAAUCACUAUGAGCAUAGUGUUUAAAUGCCAGAAGGUUACAUUAAUGUAACAGCAGCUACUCAUUUAAGGACUAGACUGUUUUUUUGACCUAAUGUCCAGAAAAGCUUUCACACUUGUAUUUGAAUAUCAUCACCAUGACAGCCACCCACUGGUCCUACCACUUAGAGCACAGAAUGAUAUUCUUGAUUUUCAAAAGAGGCUAUCGUACUAAGGAUCCAAGGCACACAGACUUAUGAAAUCAACUAGUCUUGUUUUUCUCUCAGAGCACGAAAGCAACAAAUAUUUAAACCCUGUAUUUGGAUACCUAAAAAACACCACAUCAUCUUAUCACAAUUCAUAUUUUAGCAAAUUUCAGCAAUUGUACAAAACAAUCUUGACUGUGUUCCAGUGUUUCUAUAGUAAAUUCACUAGAGAAAGGUUUUAUUUACAUAAAGAUUUGCUAAUAAAUAACUGCUCUGUUCACAAGGUUAAGUUAAUGUUAGCACAAGAAAGUAUAUCAACAUAAUUAAACACUUUUAUUUUCCUAACACAAUAUAUUAGAAACAUAUAUGUAUAUCAGCCAAUGUUUAUUUACAUAGUGUUAAAGUUGAAUAGAGUUCCUUUGAAAUUUGAAUGACAGGCUUUGAUAUCUUCUUUAAAUCCUUAAAAAUCAUAUAUCAUUUUGAAGCAUUUUAAGUAUGCCUUAUAAUGAAGUAUAGCUUCUAUGAUGAACUUUCUUGAUUUACCAGGCUAAUAUUUCACAGAAUUCCUCAGAUAAGGAAUAAACACAAAUCUGGAACUGCUUACACAGGAAACCCCUCAAACAAACAGUAACAAUUUAAAUAGUAUGCAAAAAGACAAAUUAAAACUGUAUUUUAAAAGCAGUUGUCUAGUGGUGAGUCUAUUUUUCUGGAGAUGACAGUUUAAAAUGAAGCCUCUAAUGCUCUUUAUAUCUUUGAGUAGGUUAUUAGCAUGUAGCAGAAACAGAACACCCACAUGUCCCCAGGGACAAGCUCAACAAUCCAGAAUGAGCAUGAACAACACUCCAUUCAUUCAUUCAUUUAAUUAACAUUCAGCAAGUCAUUUGGUAUGCAGGGCUUAGUAAUGAGAGGUCAAACAUAAUACAUAUGUACACCUGUGACGCUAUGAGACACAGGUGUGAGGGUAAAGGUAAGAGCAAAACGAUAGUGAUGUGGGUAGAGCACAUUUUCCAAAGAGGUAAAAAACUUUAAGGACCAUCUCCCCCUUUAAUGAAAUUUUUUAAAAUAGGGUUAUAAAUUUAAACAUUUAUUAUGAGCUAAUAUGUGGAAAAUACUGUGGGUGUUUUAGGAGAUCAGAAAGAGAAGACUAUUUCUUACCCAGAACAAUUUAAAAUUUAAUGAGGAGCCAUCAGGAAAAUGCAAAUCAAAACCACAGCGAGAUAUUCCUUUACAUUCACUGGAUGGCUAUAAUCAAAAAGGCAGACAAAUAAUAAGUAUUAAUGAGGAGGUACAGAAAGUGGAAUCCGCUGGUGAUGCAGUCAAAUGGUGCAGCUGCUUUGGAAAGCAGUCUGGCAGUUCUUCAAAAAGUUAGUUACCUAUGAUCCAACAAUUCUACUCCUAGAUAUAUACCUAAGAGAA